AUGUCUUCUUCAGUAAGAAUAGAAGACUAUUAUUCGGAUCAAGAUUCUCCUCCUUUGGCUUCUCCUCCAAUCACUGGACGGCAUGGCAAUACCAGUGCAAGAUCUACAGGUUCCAAUAGAUCAUCUCCUGCUAACCAUUAUCGCCAACAGCAGCAACAGCAGCAGCGUCAAAAACAACAACAAGUGGCAUCUCCCCUGUUUCGAAAGAGAAUGUACAGAGCAAUGCCACCACCUCAAAGACAGUAUUAUACAAUGUCAGAUAACGAGCUAACUGGAUCUGAAGAGGAAGAGGAUGAAGAGGAAAUCCAAAGAGCAAUGCAUGAUCUCGGCUUACAAGACCAUCCGCCAUUUGCUAGGUACCCAGGAGCAGCAGCAGGAAGCAGGCCACUGUCUCGUCGAUCUAGUGUGGAUUAUGAAUUACACGGACCACCUACAAGUCCUGCAGGCUAUUACGUCCCACAGUACGGCCAUGACCUUGACUUUUCACCCUAUGGCCCACCACUGAUGUCGCCUUACUUGAUGCAAGACAACAGAUAUCCACCGCCUCCACCCCCUCCUCCAUCACAUCCACAGUGGGUGCCAUAUCAGCACCUGAUGAUGGAUGAAAUGUCAGCUCAUCCAGGUCCAAUGUACCCACAACAACCCAUGGAUUUAGCAUUUGUGCGUCGAUCAGCCUCAUCAAGGUCGUACAAUAGACGUAAUCGACCUCAUUCUCGGCCUACCACUGGUAGAAGACACGGCAUCUUUUUGUCCCAUGACGAGGACAACGAACUAGACAAUGAAGAGUUUUACUAUGAUGAUGACGGGGGCGCCGACAGUGAUCAAGAUGUCUAUCCCACUCCAUUUCCACCCAGAAUGCCACCUCUAUCAAGACAGAGUAGUAUCGGAAGCAACAGCGGUCCAAGACCAUCUUUUCCAAGAAAACGAGCAAAUUCGCUCUCUGCUAUACCUCCACCUCCACCUCCACCUCCUUUCAUGAUGGAUUCUUCAAGAAGACAAGCGGCUCGAAACUACUUUUAUCCGCCUCCAAUGCCUCCACCACCACCACCAUCACAUCAAAGGAUGAAUCCUCGUUUUGCAGGAGGGCCUAGACGAGUAAUUCAUAGUGUGCCUAACUCUCCUCAGCUCUCGGUAAGCAGUGACAGCAGCUCGGAAGACUACAAGCAUCCACAGCAUCAUCAUCAGCAACAGCAGCAACCACCCAGACGUGCCUCUAUUAAUGUCGCUAGUACCAUUGGCCAUCCAAGCAAUCAUCCCAAUGGCAGAUUGGGUCGCAGCAUGUCUUUUAGUGGUGGAUUUCCCCCUCAUCCAGCUGUCAAUAUGGUGCCUCCACCUCCGCCUCCACCUCCUCCACCACCUUCUGCAGCAAUGCCUCCUAUAGUACUCCAUCCACCUCCGCCUGCUCCACCACUAGCACCUCAUCCCAUGAUGGAGAAUGCUACUAGGCCCAGUUCCAUGUAUAGCUUACCUUCUGGUGCUAUGGGUGGUGACUUUUUUGAUCAGAUGAUGCACUCAAAUCAGCAGCAACAACCAGGCACAGCUCCCGUAACGCCUAUGGAGAAUCCACCUUCUGGCAAUACCAGUGCUGCUGGUGAUGUACCCAUGAAUUCUCAAGCUGGUCCAACUUCUCAGUCUCACGCUGCUGGUCCUUCUGCAAUGGCAGCUAAUUUGCAGCAGCAGCAACAGCAGCAGCCACUCAACAUGCAGAUGCCUCCACCUCCUCCUCCACAGCAAAUGCAACCUUGGGGGAAUGGCUUUCCAACGUCUCCUGGAGAUCCUACCAUGUUUGGUCAACAAGGCAUGAUGCAGCAGCCACCUCCUCAAAUGAUGCUUCCUCCCAUGUUCAGUAACCCUAUGAUGAAUCAAAAUCCAAUGAUGAAUCAAAACCCAAUGUGGAACUUUAUGCCAGAAAUAAUGUUUGGACAAGGUGCUAGUGGCGGUGCUGGUGAUUUUCCCUUGCCAUUCAUGUAUUCAAGUGAUCCCAAUUUGAUUGCGCAAGCCAUGAAUGGUGGUGGUGGCGGCCCUGGUGGUCCUCACUUUAGUGGUCCUGGAGGUUUUGGUGGUAGGGAAGGAAGUAACAACAUGCACUCGCCACAUUUAGACAUGAAUGGAAAUCCUGUUGAUGGACCAAAUGGAGCUAACGGCGGUCCUGGCGGCAGCCCUGCUCAUGGUGCUGGUGGACCUCCCGAAGAAGAAAUGAUGCGAAGAUCUGGCGCUACUGGUGGUGGUGGUGGUGGUAAUGAGCCUCCACAUGGGCAUGACAUGAUGAUGAUGCCUCCCCCUCCACCACCUAAUUCUGCUCCCAUGUUGAAAAGAGGUUUAUCCAUGCUAGGUGGUUUAUUUGGCCAAGGUGGAGGUCAUCGCGAUGAUUUCAAUGGUGGUCCCCCACAUCCAAUGUUUGGUAACUUUUCUGCACCCAUUCAAGCACAAUCAAAAAAGGAGGCCAAGUUGCAACGACAAUAUGAGGAAUUGGGUACGUUUUACUGCUGGCGUCGAAUGGAAGGACCUGAUCAACACUUUGAGACAUUCAACAUUGAGAAUCAAAAGCUGAUCAAGAAGAAACUCAACAAGGCUCAACCACAGACGCAAAUUAUGCUCAAAAAGGAAAAGAAGUUGCCUGGAGAAAUCAUGAUUGAUCUACAACAGAAUCGCGGAUGUUAUCUAGCCAAGAUGGGAGGGGAUCCAGUGGUUGUCAUGCUGGAAAUUGAGCAAAAGUCGUAUGGCGGUGGCAACAGCUAUGUCUUUGGAGGUGAUGGGCAACAGCAGCAGCAACAGCAGCAGGGCCCUCCACAGUGGUAG